AUUGAAAUUCAUUGUUAAUCAUCAAACUUAAGGAUGUAAACAAUUUCUUUCUGAUAAACACAUGAUUCUCAAAUGUACUAUCAGUUCUAUGCACCCUUGAUCUGGGUCUCUGGUUGCUUGAUUACAAUUUAUAAGUUGUUAAUUUUUAUGAGUUGCGUCAAUAUUGAGUAGUAGACAUUUCCAGAACUUAGAUCAGCUAUAAAUAUCGUUGUUGUACUGGGAUGCAGCAGUUCAUGUUUAGCAUUUGUUCAACGACGAGAGACGUUUUUUGCAAAAUAAGAAAGAAACUGUUCGACUUUUUAGUUGUAAAAAAUACGGCAAAAUUUUCGAAUAUUUUUUUUUUCUUUUCAUAAAUUCUUCAACAUUUUGAUUUGUUCAAUACUUCAGAUUGCACCUUUUCUCCCCAUCACUUCGACAAGUUUAGGAUUUGAUUCUCAGCAGUACAAUAAUCACUUGUGUGAUAUCUUCUCAAUAACGUCGGGAUUAAAACUAUAAAAGCUGAUCCAAAACUCAAUUCAAUCACGCAUAUUCGAAGAAGAAGUGGUUUGUUGCACAAGCAAAGUGAGCAAUUAGUUAAAAUGGUUCGUUUGGGUUUAUUCGCAAUUUGCUUAGUAUUGGCAUUUGGUUACUGUUCGGCUAAGGCAAUUGAUUCGAAUGUCAAAGUCGCCGUUGUGCACAAUUUGACUACGUUUUUGAGCGAAAACCCUGACGUUAAGCUGUUGCAGCCUUUGAUCAAAGAGCAGCUAGGUGAUGUCGCAUUACCCAAACUACAAAUUAACUAUCGACUCGGCAACCGAAUUUCCGGUGAUCGUUUGUCCGCAACGGCCGGUGCCAGCAACCAAUGGUCUACACCGCAAAAUGUUAAACUCACUUUAGCCUACCCGAGAUCUGGAGUUGGCAAUGUCGUCACCUACGUUCAAGUUAUUGUUGAACAGAGCACAAACUUGGGUCGUGGCUAUGUAACCAGUGGUGGAAUUGGACAAAGACAAGUCACUAUCAUCAUUGAAGCACAAAGUACUCUUUACUUCAAGUACAACGCAGAAAUUUUCGGCUAUUGAAUACGAAAAUUUGGAUCAACUAUCAUAUAUAUUAUUUUUUCAUUUGUAAUUUUUCGAUCAAAUAUCAAUAAAAUGUUGGCAUU